UCUGAAUCGCAGUUUACAGGUGCGUUUCAGUCGGUUUCAGUAGGCGGAGAAUGGAGCGGAAGCACUGGGGAUGCUCCUGCGUCAUUGAGUUGGCCACCUUCAGAUUACCCAGAAUCGAUGAAACCUGAUUGCAGAGUUACCUGUCUAUGUCUUUUCAUUUUACAACGACGAUAACACUCAAGAUGGCAACCACAACCACAGACAUCAGAGGUGGAGGAACCAUUGGGUCAAAAGACUACAAAAAGCCCACAGCUGCUGCCCUGAAAGGAGCCAUCCAGCUGGGCAUUGGGUACGCUGUGGGGAACCUCACAUCCAAGCCUGAUAGAGAUGUGUUGAUGCAGGACUUCUACAUGGUGGAGAGUGUCUUCCUACCCAGUGAGGGAAGCAACAUGACACCAGCACACCACUUCCCAGACUUCCGCCUAAAAACAUACGCCCCUCUUGCAUUCCGCUAUUUCAGGGAGCUCUUUGGCAUCAAGGCAGAUGACUACCUGUAUUCCAUCUGUAAUGAGCCUCUGAUUGAGCUUUCCAACCCUGGGGCCAGCAGUUCCUGGUUCUACCUGACCAGCGAUGAUGAAUUUAUUAUAAAGACUGUGCAGCAUAAAGAGGCGGAGUUCCUGCAGAAACUUCUUCCUGGUUAUUACAUGAACCUGAAUCAGAACCCGAGGACGCUGCUACCUAAGUUCUACGGCCUGUAUUGCAUCCAGUGUUCCGGGGUCACCAUCCGUAUAGUGGUGAUGAACAAUGUGUUGCCCCGGGCCCUCUGGAUGCACUACAAAUAUGACCUGAAGGGCUCCACGUACAAACGCUGUGCUUCACGCAAAGAGCGUGCCAAGUCCUCUCCCACCUUCAAAGACCUGGACUUCCAGGAGAUGUUCGAGGGCCUGUACUUUGAUGCAGAUACUUACAAUGCCCUGAUGAAGACUCUGCAGAGGGACUGCAGGGUCCUGGAGAGCUUUAAGAUCAUGGACUACAGUCUGCUGCUAGGGGUGCAUGUGCUGAACAAGAAGGGUCUGGAACGGGGGGCCAGGCCCGACAGUAAGCGACUCAACGGCCAGAGGGUCCUCUACUCCACCGCCCGGGAGUCCAUCCAAGGGGAAGGGGACGGCAAGGUUGCACAGCCGGUGGCAGACGAUGACACAAUGGGUGGAAUUCCAGCAAAGCAUAAAGACGAGAAGCUGCUCAUCUUCUUAGGGAUCAUUGACAUCCUCCAGUCAUACAGGCUCAUCAAGAAGGUGGAGCACUCCUGGAAGGCCCUGGUCCAUGAUGGGGACACUGUGUCAGUCCACCGGCCAGGUUUCUAUGCAGACCGAUUUCUGAAGUUCAUGGGUGGCACUGUUUUCAAGAAGAUCCAUCCUCUAAGAGGAGUGUCCUCCAAGAGGAAGAGGUGCUCUGUCAUUGCGAAGAAGUCAGCCUCCCAGGAGGUGCUGUCCCCCCUAAAGGAGGAAAUGACGGAGGAGAGGAAGUCACAAAGCAUGGAGAGCCUGAAGGGAACAUUAACAAGUUCCUCCAAGAACCCUGAUCUAAUCCCACUCCAUAAAAGCUUAAAUCGAACCAUUUCCUCCUCCUCAUCAUCCUCCUCCUCCUCUCUCGAGACCAUUGAGAAAGACCUGAAGGACCACUUAGAAAAUAGUGAUACCCACCAUGCCUCCUAUGCAGCUGUGGCCCUGGGUGCCGCUGCUCCCCUUCCCCCCACCCAGAGCAGCCAAGACUCUGUAAAUGAUGUUUACUUGGUCAGGUCUCUGGUGUCUGUUCCAUCUGCAGACUUCUCCUUCAAUGAAGACUGGUGACAGAAGAUUAAGUCCCAUUCAACAGCACUAUUAAAUAUAGCCCAUGGGGCCAGACUGCGAAAUAGUGGUCGUCAGGUUAACUUGGAAUGACUGUCUAUGUCUAUAUGUGCCUACAGUUGGAAAAUGUGACAGCAGGGCAGUAAUGGUAGCAUUCUCUGUCUUUGCUCUUUCUGUGAAACUUCCAUCCUGUUACUUUUACAUUGUACCUUGUGACAAACAGUGCCAGUAUACAGUGAGUCAUUGCUUACUUAUACCCUUUAAACACCUGGAAUGCUUUGACACAGCUGUCUCUCAGACAAUUGUUUUUGAAUGUUCAGGUCUACAGAACUUUUAACUUCUGACCUCUUAGUACAUUGCGUUAAUAUAUUUUAAUCAGAUGGCUUUGAAAGCACAGUUGUUUCACAAUAGCACAUAUUUUGCAUUUGACACUAACAGGUUGGAAGCUUCAGCCCUAUAAUUACAUCUAGUGGAGAAGCCACACAAACAUACACACUGCGAAACCCCUGCAACUCAUAGAGAACACUUCAGCCCGUCAAGUGAUCUGCCUGGCCAAGUGCUCCCAUGCCUCACUUAGAUGAAGGCACUAACAGUACAUCACUGCAUGAACUGGUCUGCUAAAUGACUAAAACACACCAUUAUGGCAGCACAUUUAAGGUCAUGACCAGUGCUGAAGCUGCUUUCCACACUGCUACUUUAAAAACAGUUAGUGUUCUGAACUUUUUAUUUUUUUUCCCAGAAGUUAUCUUAUUGCAUUACCCCUAUUGGAUAAGAUUACAUAUUGUAAUGGGUUUUUCAAAACAGAAAAACAGUGUUCUGAUCCUCUGGAAUAGGAGGAGGAUUUGGUUAACCUUUUCCCAAUCUGUGGGGGAUAAGGACCUCAGGAUUCUGAUACUCUAGAUAGGGAUAAUGAUUUGGUAAUCCAAACUGAUCUUUUAGGGGAUGCAGGUUGUUUUGAAUUUUUCCCAGAAAUGUAGAUCUUUAAGAUUAAUACAAAUCAAAAUGUAUCUAGCAUUGACCUGCAUGCUUCGUUUAGUAUCAAGAUACGUUUUAUCAAUGUAGUUUUCUACCUUUGGAUGUCCUGUGGCAGUGUAGAAGAAUGUGUCUACGAGAUGGCAAGUUGGAGGGCUCAAAUGGGAUUCUGUAAACGUGAUUUUGUAGUACCUGGAUAAGAGUGAUCCUGAACAUCUCAAAAACAAUACGUUCAAUUUUAUCCAGGUUGGCAAAAAGCAGGAUUACAGAAUUCAGUAUAUCCUCCAAAAGUUUAGAAAAAUGGGCCCUGGGUUUUAAAUGGAGAUUUCUAUUAACAGUCACAUUGUGAAGGAUGGCAAAUCACUUAUAUUAAUUGCUUCUCCAUGGACAAAUGUGAUUGAUUCUGACUUUCAAUAUAGAAAAUGCACUUAUAAUAAUGUUUAAAGCGCUCAGGCUGGAUCCCUGAGAGAUGAAGCAUUAAACAAUGCCAUGGAAGACUAUUGGAGGCUUAUGUUAUGUAGCCGAUUGUGAAUUUCAUAUCACUCAGAGUCCUCCGUGAUCAUGCACAUUAUAAUGUAUUUCAAGUAGGUGUUGGCCUGUUAAUGAUCAGUCAAGAUCAAACAAUUAAUGUUUUAACUGAUUUAUUUCAGAAUAAUAAAAUGCACUGUUGGCAUGAUGAGUAUGUUUUUAAAUAAAUGUUAUUUAUAGAAAAGACAUUGUCCAUGUUAAAUAAAAUGUUAUGCAAUGGCAUUGUAUGUUUUCACCAAAUUCAUCCCGCCACCAGAGGACAACACUUAUUGCCAUGUCCAUAAAUUAUCAGUAGGGGGCACAAUAUGUGCAUAGAAUUACUGACCUCUUUUCGUUCUUCCAGGAUUUUAUGUACAGAUGCCAAUGUUAUCAGUAAUGCAAAUGUAUGACAACAAUAUUUUGCCUUUCAGUCAUAAGUUACCAAGCAAUGUGUGACCUUUUGUGGAGAAAUUGCAUUGAUCUGCAAUGCCCUGAAAAGCCUGGAAAAUGUUGUCCAAUAUCUAGAACAGUUUGACCAAUGACUGUCCGCAGAGAGUUUGGGAUUAUUACUGUUUUAGAAUAAAACGUUUGCCAAUCA